UGGAUCAGGGAAAGCGAAGGCAGGAGCGUGAGGUGAACUGAAUUUCAGAAGGACAGUAUAAAAUCAGGAGUCAGCAUACAAACCAGCAGCAUCUCAGAAGAGAGACUAAGCUACAGUAGGCUUAGCCACAGCCAUGGAUACUGUCAAACAUCAGAAAAAGAAUACUUCAGCACUCAAGAAAUCUAGGUCUGCGAAGAACAUCAAUCAUUACACAAAUGUACGUGGUCUGCCUUCUAUCGAGAAGAUUGUGAGCUCAGUGGAGGACACCCCCAGGCCCAUCAGCACCCAGAUCAUUGGUACAAUCCCAGAAUGGAUCAAUGGAAACUUCCUGAGAAAUGGGCCCGGAAAGUUUGAGAUCGGAAACCACAAAUUUAACCACUGGGUUGAUGGCAUGGCUCUCCUGCACCAGUUCAAAAUAUCAAAUGGGCAAGUGACUUACAAAAGCCGCUUCCUGUCCAGUGACAGCUACCAGACCAACAAGGAGCACAAUCGCAUUGCGAUAUCUGAGUUUGGGACUGUAACCAUGCCGGACCCCUGUAAAAAUGUCUUCCAGCGCUUCCUGUCAAGAUUUGAAUCACACAAGCCCACAGACAAUGCCAACAUGAGUUUUGUGACCUACAAAGGUGAUUAUUAUGUCAGUACAGAAACCAACAUCAUGCACAAGGUGGACCCUGAGACACUGGAGACGACUGAAAAGGUGGACUGGAGCAAAUUCAUUGCUGUGAAUGGAGCCACAGCACACCCUCAUACUGAGCCUGAUGGUACGACAUACAACAUGGGAAAUUCCUACACCUCGAAAGGAUCAUACUACAACAUUAUCCAAGUGCCACCAACCAAGAAAACAGAAGAUGAAACCCUGGAGGGAGCGUCAGUGCUGUGCUCGAUUCCUUCAGUGGACAAGACCAAACCUUCAUACUAUCACAGCUUUGCGAUGUCUGAGAAUUACGUGGUGUUCAUUGAACAGCCCAUCAAGCUGGACCUGCUGAAGAUUAUGACAGGCAAGCUACGAAGAAAAAGUAUCAGUGAUGGCUUAUUCUGGGACCCGAAACUCAACACAAUCUUCCAUUUGAUCCACAAACACACUGGGAAGGUAAGCUCCAUCAAGUAUCUUGCAAAGCCACUGUCAACCUUCCAUCAGAUCAAUGCAUUUGAGGAGGAUGGAUUCUUGAUCAUAGAUUUGUGUGCAUCAGAUGAUGGCCAGGCAAUUACAAACUACAACAUCCAGAACAUGCGCAAGUCUGGAGAAGCUCUUGAUGAGGUGUACAACACCUUGAGUAGAGCCUUCCCCCGGCGAUUUGUGCUGCCUCUCAAUGUGGGCCCUGACACACCCUACAACCAGAACCUGAUUACCCGGCCGAACAGCAUAGCUACUUCUGUAAGAAUUGCCAAGAACAAGGUGUUCUGUACCCAUGAGGACCUCCAUGGGGAGGAUCUCCAUGAAUACGGAGGUCUGGAGUUUCCUCAGAUCAACUAUCACAAAUUCAACACCCAUCCCUACCGCUACUUCUAUGGCUGUGGCUUCAGACACCUUGUAGGGGACACGCUGAUUAAGAUGGAUCUCUGCGGAAAACGGAUGAAGGUGUGGGAACAUCCUGGUCAGUAUCCAUCUGAGCCGGUCUUUGUUCCCUCUCCUAAUGCUACAGAGGAGGAUGAUGGUGUCAUCAUGUCUGUGGUCAUCACUCCAGACGAGGACAAGAGUACAUUCCUUCUGGUGUUAGAUGCCAAGACAUUUGAGGAGCUGGGCAGGGCGGUGGUACCUGUCAACAUCCCCUAUGGCUUCCACGGGACAUUCAAUGCCACAGCUUAGACAUCUGAUGGAUGUACAUGUGACUUCACAGGGACACACCUACACUGUGUACAUGUUGACUUGAGAGCAAAGACCCUCACUUAAAGAAUUCCUUUAUUCUCAUGGCAUAGUGAUAUCUCUGUUAAAGCAUAUAUACUUUUUUCAGACUUGAGGUUUUAUUAAGUGUCGAUAUAAUCUGCGUUGAAAUACAAUCUUUUGUUUCUAUUGUUUUUCCUCAGUUAUCUUUUGAUAUGUGGCAAAAUGAAAGUACUGAGGGUUUUUAUAAUAUCUGCUAUUUCAUGCAUUGUGAUUGCUAUAAAAAAGUAAAACUGAUUUUAUGACACUGGAAAUACACACUUUGACACAGGACACAUGUUGGAGAAACCUCUGUGACUUUAAAACGUACAAUUUCAGAAACAUUCACGACUCACUCAGCAUUUUGUCAAUAAAUGAAGCUGAAUUUAAACACCUGGUAACAAUAUUUAUUCUCAUAAGAAAUGCCUGGGGGCACCCUAAGAUCAAAAACGCAGAAAACAAAACUGCAUUUUUGCAGCAUUUUGCUUCGAACGAGGAUAAACCCAGCAAAGCUUUGUGUACAGUUUUUUUUUUUACAGUCAUGAGGUUAAAUUAAAUUUCAUCUAUGUUUUUUUUUUUUUUGCUUUUUUGUUGUGAAGAAAAUUCUAAAAUACAUAUUUUAUAAUAAUGUAUUUGGUCAGAUUUGAGUUUUCCAACAAACUGAAUUGUAAACCUUCAAUAAUCAAAGUGUCACCAUUAUGUGUGACUAAAGACACAUUUGACUCAAACCCAGAACAAUAA